CGCCACCCGCAGCCUCGCCCGGCCGUGCGCGCCUCGGGGUGCCCCCCCCAUACCCCCCCUCCAGCCGCUGCGCCGCCCCCCCCCGGCACGGAGACAUGGCCCCCCAUCGGACUCAAGGCUGUGGUGGGAGAGAAGAUUAUGCACGAUGUGAUCCGGAAGGUGAAGAAGAAGGGGGAAUGGAAGGUGCUGGUGGUGGACCAGCUGAGCAUGCGCAUGCUCUCGUCCUGCUGCAAGAUGACCGACAUCAUGACAGAGGGCAUCACCAUUGUGGAAGACAUCAACAAGCGCCGGGAGCCACUGCCCAGCCUGGAGGCCGUGUACCUCAUCACCCCCUCCGAGAAGUCCAUCCACUCCCUCAUCAACGACUUCAAGGAUCCCCCCACCUCCAAGUACAGAGCUGCCCACGUCUUCUUCACUGACUCCUGUCCUGACGCCCUCUUCAACGAGCUGGUGAAAUCCCGCGCUGCCAAGGUCAUCAAAACCCUGACAGAGAUCAACAUUGCCUUCCUCCCUUCCGAGUCCCAGGUUUAUUCUCUGGAUUCGGCUGACUCCUUCCAAAGCUUUUACAGCCCCCACAAGGCCCAGAUGAAGAACCCGAUCCUGGAGCGCCUGGCAGAGCAGAUUGCCACGCUCUGUGCCACCCUGAAGGAGUACCCGGCUGUGCGGUACCGCGGGGAUUACAAGGACAAUGCCAUGCUGGCACAGCUCAUCCAGGACAAGCUGGACGCCUACAAGGCUGAUGACCCCACCAUGGGUGAGGGUCCGGACAAGGCUCGCUCCCAGCUCCUCAUCCUGGACCGUGGCUUUGACCCCGCGUCCCCGGUGCUGCACGAGCUGACCUUCCAGGCCAUGAGCUACGACCUGCUGCCCAUCGAGAACGAUGUCUACAAGUAUGAGACGAGCGGCAUUGGCGAGGCCCGGAUCAAGGAGGUUCUCCUGGAUGAGGACGAUGACCUGUGGGUCACCUUGCGCCACAAACACAUCGCCGAGGUGUCCCAGGAGGUGACUCGGUCCCUGAAGGAGUUCUCUUCCAGCAAGAGGAUGAACACGGGUGACAAGACCACCAUGAGAGACCUGUCCCAGAUGCUGAAGAAGAUGCCGCAGUACCAGAAGGAGCUCAGCAAGUACUCGACCCACCUGCACCUGGCUGAGGACUGCAUGAAGCACUACCAGGGCACUGUGGACAAGCUGUGCCGAGUCGAGCAGGACCUGGCCAUGGGCACCGAUGCUGAAGGCGAGAAGAUCAAAGACCCUAUGAGGGCCAUUGUCCCCAUCCUGCUGGAUGGCAACGUCAGCACCUAUGACAAGAUCCGCAUCAUCCUGCUCUACAUCUUCCUGAAGAACGGAAUCACCGAGGAGAACCUGAACAAGCUGAUCCAGCACGCCCAGAUCCCGGCAGAGGACAGCGAGAUCAUCACCAACAUGGCUCACCUCGGGGUGCCCAUCAUCACAGACUCUACGCUGCGCCGCCGGAGCAAGCCGGAGCGCAAGGAGCGCAUCAGCGAGCAGACCUACCAGCUGUCCCGGUGGACCCCGGUGAUCAAGGACAUCAUGGAGGAUGCCAUCGAUGACAAGCUGGACACCAAGCACUACCCUUACAUCUCCACCCGCUCCUCCGCCUCCUUCAGCACCACUGCCGUCAGUGCCCGCUACGGCCACUGGCACAAGAACAAGGCCCCCGGCGAGUACCGGAGCGGCCCCCGCCUCAUCAUCUUCAUCCUGGGCGGGGUGAGCAUGAACGAGAUGCGCUGCGCCUACGAGGUGACACAAGCCAGCGGCAAGUGGGAGGUGCUAAUAGGUUCUACUCACAUUCUCACUCCCACCAAAUUUCUCAUGGACCUGAGGCACCCCGACUUCAGGGACUCCACUAGGGUAUCAUUUGAGGAUCAGGCUCCAGCAAUGGAGUGAGCCAAAGAAACCAAGGUCCACGCACAUCCUCACCCCACAGAAACUGCUGGACACGCUGAAGAAACUCAAUAAAACAGAGGAAGAGAGCAGCAGUUAAAAGGAAACGCUGUCACCACUCGAUG